UAUUUUCACGAAGUGAAAUAUCUUUUUAUUAUUCAAGUGCCACAGGGCCAAACUGGAUGUGCCGAAGUGGACUCCAUGACAGAGGCCGUGGCUGGAGGGAGUUUUGAGUUGGGUUGCAUUUCUUGCAAAAGGAGAGAAGAGGUGGCUGCUUUUGCUAUUGUGGACUGGCACUACAAACCACCUGAAAAGGAGGACUUCAUCCAUAUUUUCCAGUAUAAAUAUCCAUUGCCUACUGUUCUUCAUGAAAAGUUUGAGGGAAGACUACAGUGGCACGGGACGAUGGGAACUAAGGAUGUGCAGAUCGGAGCCAUCGUCAUUCACAACGUCACAUAUAAUGACACCGGUACCUACCGCUGUACCUUCCACCGCACGCUGUACCUUCCUCCAGGUGAAAAACAUGUGACAAUAAUCAAAGAAAUAGAACUCACCGUUGUGGAAGAGGCCAACCCUGAGCUGACAGCUGUUAUAUCUGAGAUUAUGAUGUAUGUGGUGAUCAUAGUCCUGCAGUUGUGGAUGAUCGGUGUGUUGAUUUACUGCUAUAAGAAGAUCUAUGCUGAGAACGAAGAUCGAGAGGCCAAAAAAGCUGCACAUGCCCCAAAAAACCUCAUUGACUCAAAGGACUCUUGUGAUGGGGUGCAUCUGGAAUAACCACAAUAUUGGUCAGGACAUUUACAGUCGUCUGUCUGAGUUGCAGUAGUUUUACUGAUGAUGACGACAGUAUUUUACAUUUUUUAACCCAAUGUUACUAAUGUUACAGUAUCAGAAAUCUACAACUUUGAGCAACUUGCAACAAAUACUUCAAUUGUGAAUUUUGUAAUUCUGCACA